CCUUUCACUUCAAGGUUUCUGAUGUGACCCACUCAAGGUCGCUGCAGACGAAUUUCUUACCAAAACAUGGCGUUAGCAGCAACUUCAGUCUCUACCUCUCCAUUUGAAGGCCAGAAACCAGGGACAAGUGGUUUGAGAAAAAAUGUUAAAGUUUAUCAACAACCUCAUUACACCGAAAACUUCGUACAAUGCACAUUGUCAGGGGGACUGUCGCAGGGAAAGAUAGCAGGAAGCACAGUUGUAAUCGGAGGAGAUGGCCGGUAUUUUAUGAAGGAAGCAGCCGUGACAAUUAUACAGAUGUGUGCAGCUAAUGGGGUGAAAAAGGUGAUUGUUGGAGAGAAUGGUUUGAUGUCCACACCCGCAUUAUCUUGUGUGAUCAGAAAGUAUCAAACAAAUGGAGGAAUUAUUCUCACGGCCAGUCACAAUCCUGGUGGUCCUGAUGCAGAUUUUGGUAUCAAAUUCAACACUGCUAAUGGAGGUCCUGCCCCAGAAAAUGUAACCAAUGCUAUUUUUGACUUAACCAAGACAAUAUCGGAGUACAAGAUCUGCCCUGACCUGCAGCCUGCUAUUUCUGUCAUUGGAUCAACUGAUUAUGAGGUUGAAGGUCGUCUGUUCACAGUAGAGGUCAUUGACUCUGUUGCUGACUAUUCUAUGUAUAUGAAGGAGAUCUUUGAUUUUGGUGCUAUCCGUAAUUUACUAUCUGGAUCAGAUGGAAAGCCAGCCCUUAAAAUUCUCUUAAAUGCUAUGCAUGGGGUGAUGGGUCCCUAUGUCACUAAGAUUGUGUGUGGAGAACUGGGAGCCCCAGCAGACAGUGCUGUCAAUUGUGUGCCCCUUACUGAUUUUGGAGGACACCAUCCUGACCCUAACUUGACCUAUGCAGCUGACCUUGUUACAGAAUUGAAGAAAGGUCAACAUGGCUUUGGAGCUGCUUUUGAUGGUGAUGGGGACAGGAACAUGAUUCUUGGGAAGGGAGCUUUCUUUGUAACGCCAUCAGAUUCUCUGGCUGUCCUGGCUGACAACUUACAGUCUAUUCCUUACUUCAGAAAGGAGGGUGGUAACAAGAAAGGUUUUGCUCGCAGUAUGCCUACCAGUGGUGCUGUGGACAGAGUGGCUCAGAAGAAAGGUGUUGAGUGCUUUGAGGUGCCUACUGGCUGGAAAUUCUUUGGUAACCUAAUGGAUGCAGGUCGUCUAACUCUGUGUGGAGAGGAAAGUUUUGGGACUGGAUCAGAUCACAUUCGGGAAAAGGAUGGGCUGUGGGCUGUGCUCGCCUGGCUCUCCAUCCUGGCAGAGAAAAAAUGCAGCGUGGAAGACAUCCUCAUGAACCACUGGAAACAGUAUGGCCGAAACUUCUACACUAGGUAUGACUAUGAGAACUGUGAUUCUGGCCCCGCAAAAAAGAUGAUGGACAACCUGAACACACUGAUAGACGAGGGGACUCUUGUAGGGGCCACCCACAAUGUAGGGGGCAAAACAUACAAGGUGGCUACUAUGGACAACUUCAGCUAUACCGACCCUAUUGAUGGCAGCAUCAGCAAAAACCAGGGGGUGAGAAUAAUUUUCUCGGACCACUCGCGCAUCAUAUUCCGCCUGAGUGGUACUGGAAGUAGUGGUGCGACCAUUAGGAUGUACAUAGAGGGAUAUGAAUCUGACUCCGCCACUUUCACUGAAGAUCCCCAGACUGUGCUGAAACCCUUGAUAGAAAUUGCACUACAAAUUUCACAGUUAAAGGAGUUGACUGGACGUGCUGAACCAACUGUCAUCACAUAAAAAUCAUGUUGUGCAGGAAAACUAUAUAAAUCUCCAGUCCCCAGAAAAAACCCAAGCUAUUUUAAUAUAAUAAUGUACUUGUUAUCAGUGAAAAUUUACGAUUCUAUUGUGUUUCUUAUAAUACCUACUCAUUAGAUUUGUUGAAAAUUAAAUAAGAUGAAAUACAUAAUCAAAUAUAAUGAAGCACUUUCAGUCCCAUAUGUAUCAUAAAUUUAUUUAGAUGUAAGAAAUACAUUUAAUCUUCCAAUAAACUCAAUUCUGAUAAAGACAAUGUAGCAUAAAGGGAGUUAACUCCAGUUAGCAUUAAAAAUUCAGGGACUGUUUCAGAAAGUGCUGAUUUAAAAUACUGCACUUUUAAGCAUUGACUAAUGAAGAAAUAAUGAUAAAGUAACAUUACAAGGACAUUAAUGAACUUAACUAAUCUGUGUAAUUUGUACAGAGAUUAAAGUUUUGUGAAAUAUGUGUGCAAUUGUGCAUUACAUAUGUACCAGCAGCAUUUUGAUUGUAAAUUUGUUUGACUCGCAAAUAAUGACAGCCUUUGAAGCAUGAUACAUGUUAUGUGGCAAUGAAGAUAUAUAGAGAUAAAGAGUUUUUAGCUCACCUGGUCUGCUGCAUUGUUCAAUGUUGUUUAAAAGAAGGAAGUGGAACUCAUGGGGCAGGAGGAAAGGGGCUCAAUAGGGAAAACAUAGCAACAAAAAUAAACAAAUAAAUUUGAAGUCCUUUUUCACAAAUGACAGGAUUUGAUUCACCUGUAUUUUGAACCAUUAUUGGAAGAGGUAGUUCAAAAGUAGGAAAACAUUUGAGAUAUAACUUUAAUUAGAGUAUUUUGCCAUAAUGUAUGAAAUAUCCAGGUGAGCGAUGAAGGGCCUCUGGGCCUCUUGUUUUCAGUUAAAAGAAAGAAUAGGAACAAUGAUAGUGCACACAAUCAUUUCUAAUUAAAAACUGAAAUUAAGAAAUUUCUUUUUUCCUAUAUAUAUUUAUGAUACACUCAUGUUUCAGGUAAACCCAUAUUUUUCUACUCUUCCCAGAUAUGGUUAUUUUAAGACUAUUGUAAAACCAUUUUAAAGUCACUGUAAAAUCAUCAGAGCUUUGUUAACUAGAAUAUUCUUCGUUCACCCAGUGUUUUACAAAAAUCCACGAUAAAUCCUAAAAGCUGUCCAUAACCUGCAUAACUACAUUAUGAUUAAUUUAGAAGAUCUACCAGUAUUUUCUUUAUACUUAAGUCCCCUGCCAGCACUACCAUUUGUUUCUAUGUUCUUUUGUUCAGAAUAUUUAUUCUCUGUUAUCUGCUCUUUUGUAAUGAUGGGUUGCUGCCUACUAAAAUGGUAUAUAGUGUAUUGUGUCUCUCUUUUGUGCCAUUCAUUCAUAUUUUUUCGUGGUAUAUACAGCUGUAUCUUAAUAUAUAUUACUAUUAAAUAUGAUGUAUGCUAAUGAAAUAAGUUUUGUAUAAGGACGUAAUCAAUCACCUCUAUAAGGUCAGAUUGUUAGAGUGUAGUGGGUGUUAGCAGAGGAGGAAACUGAAUUACAGAGGAAACCCAUGUGGUAGAAGUAACUAAAAGUAAGUGCUAUCCAAUGUGCAACCAGGCCACACUGUAUACCCAUGGGCAUUAUUUAAUACUUUGUACAAUUGAUAAAUACAAAGUAUCACUUGGCAUGACAAUGGUACACGUUAACAUACUUUAAGUACUUACGUACAGGAUGAAAUAAAGAUUAUGAGUCUUUCUCUCCUAUUAUAUAGUGUUUUAGCUUCCUAUAUUUGUUUGUAGGUUUAGAUUGCACUUAUUGAUAUACACGUAUUCUGUUAGAGUAUAUCGCAUACCUCACAAAGAAAAUGCUAAAAUAGUUUAUAACAUGUUAUUUUGAUAUUUUCUUGUGUUAUGUCAUAAUUGUUGCAUUUAGUUUUACAGACUUUCACAAUUAUCCAUUAUCAGGGUAUGCUAAUGGUACAUGUAUGUUACUUUUUAGUAAGUUAGUAAGAUGAUGAUUAGUUUUAUGUUCUACCAUUCAAUGUAUUUUUAACAAUGAUUUGUAGCUCAUAAAAUGUGUUCAGAUAUCAUAUAUUGGUUCACUCUUUAAAGCUGAUUUUGGUGCAAAAUUAUGUUUAUCUUUGGCCAUGAAUACUUAUACAAUAUUUAAAUGUUGAAUAGUAAAAAUGUUUACUUUAUUGCCAAAAUGAUCUACUUUGAUGGAUAGAAAAAUGUAUUUGAUAGCUAGUCCACAUUGAUUGUUAUACAUACAUGUAUUGGUAUGUGUUAAGUUGUAGUAGACUUUUGACAUUCACGUAAUCACUCCUAUCACUGUUGUUCGUGUUCUUGAGUGCAAGACAACUGCAAAAUAAAAGGUUGCAGAACUUGAAUCCUGGAUCUGUCUUUCAACUGAUGUGCUACAAAGCAUAUUAAUUUCGUUUUUGUUAUUUGGAUGCUCUUCUUUUUACUGAAGAAAUUGUUGGUUAUAUUUGCAGUAAGAUGAUACAGAGUUAUCUUUCUUGGCAUAUACAUUGUACUGUGUAAAAGUUCUGUAUGUAAUAAAGGAAUGAAAUAUGACGAGAA